GCGCGGGCGGGGAAGCGCUGGCCAAUGGGAGCGCGCGGUGGGCGUGGCCUGGAGCUGGGCGCUCUCCGGCCGCCGCCGCCCCCUCCCCCAGCAUGGGCAACGUGUGGGCCGCCGGGUCGCCCCCUCCCCCCCUGCUGCCCGUGCCCCCCCCCGGGUUCGCGGCCCCGCCCCCCCUGAGCGGGGUGGGGGGAGGGGCGCCCCUCCCCCCCCGGCCCCCCGAGGGGGGGGAACCCCUCCCCAACCCUGGAGCCUUCGAGGAGUGCCACCGGCGCUGCAAAGAGCUGUUCCCGGUGCAGAUGGAGGGGGUGAAGCUGACGGUCAACAAAGGGCUCAGUAACCACUUCCAGGUGAAUCACACGGUGGCCCUGAGCACCCUGGGCGAGUCCAAUUAUCACUUCGGGGCCACUUACGUGGGCACCAAACACCUCAGCCCCACCGAGGCGUUCCCGGUGCUGGUGGGGGACAUGGACAACAGCGGCAGCCUCAAUGCGCAGGUGGUGCACCAGGUGAGCUCCCGGAUCCGCUCCAAAAUCGCCUUCCAGACUCAGCAGUCCAAGUUCGUGAACUGGCAGGUGGAUGGGGAAUAUCGGGGCGGCGACUUCACGGCGGCGCUGACCCUGGGCAACCCCGACAUCCUCAUGGGCUCAGGGAUCCUGGUGGCGCACUACCUGCAGAGCGUGACGCCGGCGUUGGCGCUCGGCGCCGAACUCGUGUACCACCGGCGGCCCGGCGAGGAGGGGGCGGUGCUGUCGCUGGCCGGGAGAUACUCGGCUCCGUCGUGGAUCGGGACGGUGACAUUGGGCCAGGCCGGAGCUCACCUGACCUACUACCACCGAGCCAGCGAGCAGCUGCAGGUGGGGGUGGAGUUUGAGGCCAGCACGCGGCUCCAGGACUCGAGCGUCGCCUUCGGCUACCAGCUGGAGCUGCCCCGCGGGAACCUCCUGUUCCGGGGUUCCCUGGACAGCUCGUGGCAGGUGGGGGCGGUGCUGGAGAAGAAACUGCCGCCCCUCCCCCUCACGCUGGCGCUGGGAGCCUUCAUCAACCACCGCAAGGAGAAGUUCCACUGCGGCUUCGGCCUCACCAUCGGCUGAGCUUCAUCAUCAUCAUCCUCAUCAUCCUCACCUUCAUCUUCAUCAUCUUCAUCAUCCUCAUCAACCUCAUCUUCAUCCUGAGCUUCGUUAUCCCCGUUAUCGUCAUCAUCAUCCUCACCAUCAUCAUCCUCAUCAACCACCGCAAGGAGAAGUUCCACUGCGGCUUCGGCCUCACCAUCGGCUGAGCUUCAUCAUCAUCAUCCUCAUCAUCCUCACCUUCAUCUUCAUCAUCCUCAUCAUCCUCAUCAUCCUCAUCAUCAUCCUGAGCUUCGUUAUCCUCGUUAUCGUCAUCAUCAUCCUCACCAUCAUCAUCCUCAUCAACCACCGCAAGGAGAAGUUCCACUGCGGCUUCGGCCUCACCAUCGGCUGAGCAUCAUCAUCAUCAUCCUCAUCCUCAUCUUCAUCAUCUUCAUCAUCUUCAUCAUCUUCAUCUUCAUCCUGAGCUUCAUCUUCAUCCUGAGCUUCGUUAUCGUCAUCGUCAUCAUCAUCCUCACCAUCAUCAUCCUCAUCAACCACCGCAAGGAGAAGUUCCACUGCGGCUUCGGCCUCACCAUCGGCUGAGACCUUCAUCAUCAUCCUCAUCAUCAUCCUCAUCAUCCUCACCUUCAUCUUCAUCAUCCUCAUCAUCCUCAUCUUCAUCAUCCUCAUCUUCAUCUUCAUCAUCUUCAUCUUCAUCCUGAGCUUCAUCUUCAUCCCGAGCUUCGUUAUCCCCGUUAUCGUCAUCCUCACCAUCAUCAUCCUCAUCAACCACCGCAAGGAGAAGUUCCACUGCGGCUUCGGCCUCACCAUCGGCUGAGACCUUCAUCAUCAUCAUCCUCAUCUUCAUCUUCAUCAUCCUGACCUUCAUCUUCAUCAUCUUCAUCACCUUCAUCUUCGUCCCGAGCUUCAUCUUCAUCCCGAGCUUCGUUAUCCCCGUUAUCGUCAUCCUCACCAUCAUCAUCCUCAUCAACCACCGCAAGGAGAAGUUCCACUGCGGCUUCGGCCUCACCAUCGGCUGAGC